CUUUCGAUAUUAGUGAUGAAGACGGGAUCUGAAUUUUAAAAUAACAAGUGGCCGAUGACGGGGUGUCGCUAUUUUUUUAUUAUUAUAAUUAUUUCUUGUAUUCUAUGACGAUUAAUACUUUUAAACAGGGUUAACAACUUUAGCAGAAUGGCAGAAUUACUAUUGGAUCCAAAUAUACGCGUUUGGGUAUUCCUUCCCAUUGUCGUGAUCACUUUUUUGGUUGGGAUUGUGAGGCAUUAUGUUUCAAUCAUUUUAUCAUCACAGAAGAAGAUUGAGCUUAUCCAAGUUCAAGAUAGUCAGGUGAUGAUUCGCGCUCGUCUGCUGCGCGAGAAUGGCAAGUACCUGCCGCGGUCGUCUUUCGCGAUGCGCCGCCACUGGUUCAACAAUGAGGAGACUGGAUAUUUCAAGGUGCAGAAGCGUGCCGCUGCUUCACAGAACCCCAUGACCGACCCGGGUAUGAUGACGGACAUGCUGAAAGGGAACGUGACUAACGUGCUGCCCAUGAUUGUCAUCGGAGGCUGGAUCAACUGGAUGUUCAGCGGCUUCCUCACAACCAAAGUCCCGUUCCCCCUGACUCUCCGCUUCAAGCCGAUGCUGCAGCGAGGAGUCGAACUCGCGCACCUGGACGCCGCCUGGGUGUCGUCUGCCUCCUGGUAUUUCCUCAACGUGUUCGGGCUGCGCACCAUCUACGCCCUCGUGCUCGGAGAGAAUAAUGCGGCGGACCAGUCGAAGAUAAUGCAGGAGCAGAUGUCGGGGGCUGCGAUGGCGAUGCCGCCGGACCCGAAGGCGGCGUUCAAGGCGGAGUGGGAGGCGCUCGAGAUCACCGAGCACAAGUGGGCGCUCGCCACCGUCGAACAGGACGUACUCGCCAUGGAGAAAACUACGUGAAUAUAUAGUUUACCGGGUACUGACUAAAACAAACGUGUCGUUGCCUUAUAGUGAACACCGUAUAAUGUACCCGCUUUAGGACUAGCCAGUUGCAGAAAGGUUUCUUUAAAUUGGACAUUAGUUAAUUGGUCACAAAAUGCCAAUGUUGCCAAUGUUUUCCGCAAAUAAAUGAUGAUUGAUUGAUUGAUGUUUUAUGCAACAAUAUAAUGGUCCAUUAGUAUUUAAAGACGGCUUUAAAAUUGAAAGAGCGUUUCUGCAACUGACUGUCUGUCGCACUAACAUAUUUGACAUUAAGUGAGACUUACAGUGCAAUUUGUCAAAAAAAUCAUGUGACAUGGUACCGAAGUGUACGCAUAUUGAUCCUCGUGAACGGUCACCUAAUCUGUGACGUAAGCGCGCAGAACCUCCCGAUAGACACGCUAGUUUCAAGCAAAACACUAGUCACAAAUUUGUGGUUGCAACAUACAUACAUAAACUCACGCCUAUUUUCCACCGGGGUAUCAGAGACUAUGGACUUCCAUUUGCUACGAUCCUGACCAGCGUCGCCAGACGUCCCGAAUUUGGCGGGACGUCCCGAUUUCUAAAUCAAAAUUUAAUGUCGCGCUUUUCGGGAAAACUCGACCGUGCGUGCAACGUACUGAGAAAGCGCGGGCGAAUGGCACAGACAAGUUUGGACUGGCCGUCUGGCCGGCGGUAGGGUAAAUCUGAUUAAAAAUAUCAUAUUUUAUUAAAAUACAUUUGCUAUCUAUUGUCACGUAAACGUAAUUUGAACUCAAAUUAAACGAUAAAUAUUCAAAAACUUUUUAUUAUAUAAUUUUUUUUAUGUCCCGCUUUCGACGAAAGAAUCCCGCUUUUUUCACUCAAAAAGUUCCAAAAAAAAAUCUGGCAACGCUGAUCUUGACGCACGUUGGUUCAGAGUAGAUCGUACUGAACCUUUUCUAAGGACUCGUCCAAUUUGAAGAAAAUAAUGUUUUUUUUUUGUGGUUUUCACUAUAAGGUGACGGUAUAAUGGGCAUAUGAUCGACCUUGAGCCUCGGAGGUCACUUCCCCACGUGUCCCCUGGGUCGUUCUAGAGUCUGUGGAAGUUAGUACCCGCACUAUUACAAUAAGUAGCAAAUAUAAGCAUUGAACAGUGCAAUACUUCUUUGUGUCUCGGUGUAUGGUUAUGUUAUGACGAUGUGUUAUGUAUGUUCUCAGAACGAGUGUCUAACUCCUAUUUAUUUGAAGACUAAGUAAAACUGUUACUUUACGUUA